GACCCACCGUCAUGGCGGCGAACAGAAACCGCCGCCUGGUCAAGGAGAUUCAGGACGUCCAAAAAGACUCUCACUCGGGCGUCUCGCUCGAGCCGCUGAACAAGGCCCAAACCGGCUCUGACACUCUCGAUGACCUGACACAUUUCAAGGGCGUCUUCCGUGGGCCGCCCGACACUCCCUACCACGGUGCCACCUACCAUGUCGACAUCAAGAUCCCCAACGACUAUCCUUUCCAGCCACCCGUCAUGAAGUUCACCACAAAGAUUUGGCACCCAAACAUCUCGAGUGUUACCACCGCUAUAUCUGUCGACUUCCUCUUUGCUAACCUUGCGCUCAGNGGCGCCAUCUGCCUCGACACUCUGGGCUCGGCCUGGUCCCCGGUCCUUACCCUCAAGUCCGCCCUCAUAUCUCUCCAGUCACUACUAUCCUCCCCCGAACCAAAAAGAUCNCCCCAGGACGCAGAGGUCGCUCGCAUGCUCAUCACAAAUCCCAAAGAGUUUGAACACGUCGCUCGUGAGUGGGCAAUCAAAUACGCUGGUGCUCCCCAAGGUCCUCCCGGCUCGGAAAGCGCCGGCGCAGAGGGAAGUGGAGGUGUCACCGAAGAGACACUCAAGCACAAGGACGAUCAGAAACGGGAGAAGGCAGAAGCCGCAAAACUUGCCCAGUACGCUACCGUCCACCACUUGNNAUAUCACGGAUACAACAAGUCUCUGGUGGACCGCUUCUCCGCCAUGGGCUUCGACGUUCCAACCGUAGUUGCCGCCUUCGAGUUCACUGGUAUUGACAAGAACGACGGCGAAGACUACGAGCUCGAGGAGGAGUACAUGGGCGACAUUACCGCAAGGCUGUUUGGCGAGGCA